CAGUAUCCUUUGUCUGUUUAUCAGUUUAUAGAGAGAGAGAGAGAGAAAAAGAAUGGCGGGUUCCAACAAAUUUGAUGUUGCCGGUGGUGAAGUAAAAUAUGACCGGAAUAGUGAAUUGAAGGCUUUCGAUGAGACCAAGCUUGGAGUGAAGGGUUUGGCCGAUUCAGGAAUUCCCAAAGUCCCGAGAAUCUUUAUCCACCCACCACAAUCCUUACUCCAAUUCCCAACUGCAGCAGCUACUGCUGGUGACGACACCCGCUUCGUCUUCCCCACCAUAGACCUCACCGGAUCUCACCAAGAUCCAUCCCGGCGACGUGAAAUCGUGGACCAAGUCCGUCAGGCUUCCGAGUCAUGGGGAUUCUUCCAGGUGAUUAACCACGGAAUUCCCACGAGCGUCCUGAACCAGAUGCUGGACGGCGUCCACAGAUUCUACAACCAAGAUGAAGAAGAUAGGAAGAAAUUGUACACGAGAGACGUGAAGAAGUCCUUUGGGUAUAACACCAAUUUUGAUCUGUACACUUCUACGGCGGCGCAGUGGAGGGAUACUUUCUAUUGUAACAUGGCCCCUGUUCCUCCUAAACCAGAGGAUCUGCCUCAUGUUUGCAGAGAUAUUAUGGUGGAAUAUUCGGAUCAUGUGAUGAAAUUAGGAUUGGAUGUGUUCGAGUUAAUGUCAGAAUCUCUGGGUCUGAGUCGAAACCAUCUGAAGGACAUGGAUUGUGCAGAGGGUAUUACUAUUCUAGGACACUAUUAUCCGGGUUGCCCAGAGCCAGAUCUCACCAUUGGCGCCCCAAAACAUGAAGACAGUGAUUUCUUCACCGUCCUCCUGCAAGACCAUAUGGGUGGACUUCAGGUCCUUCAUAAGGGUCAUUGGGUUAACGUUCCUCCCAACCCUCAAGCUCUCGUCAUCAACAUUGGCGAUCUUCUGCAGCUGAUAACAAAUGACAAGUUCAAAAGUGUGGAGCACAGGGUGGUGGCGAACAAGCUGGGGCCGAGAGUAUCGGUGGCGAGUUUCUUUACGACGGGGUUUAUACCGACGGAGAAGAUUUAUGAGCCGAUAAAGGAAUUGCUAUCAGAAGAGGAACCUGCAAAAUACAGGCCAACCACGGUCAGGGACUAUGCUACCUUCUACAAAGCGAAAGGACUUGAUGGUACUUCUGCUCUCUUGCACUUUAGGAUUUAAAUGCUCUCAUAAUAAAUAAAUUCAUGUGAAUUAUUUGAAAAGCUUACACUAUAUAUAUAUGUUUGAUAAAGUUUAAUGUAUAAUUAUGUCAUUUGAUAAUAUUAUAAAAAAAAAAAUUUCAAAAAUAAAUAAUCAGCCUAUUGCUUCGUGGAUCUAUUCAAUUAAGAGAGUAUCAA